AUGCUUUCCUCUCUUCUUCAAAGUACUUCCUCUCUUCAUCAAUGCUUCCUCUCUUCUUUCAAAGUACUUCCUCUCUUGCAUCAAGAUGCUUCCUCUCUUCUUCAAAGACUUCCUUCUCUUCAUCAGAUGCUUCCUCUCUUCUUCAAAGUACUUCCUCUCUUCUUCAAAGUACUUCCUCUCUUUAUCAAGGUGCUUCCUCUCUUCUUCAAAGUACUUCCUCUCUUGAUCAAGAUGCUUCCUCUCUUCUUCAAAGUACUUCCUCUCUUCUUCAAAGUACUUCCUCUCUUGAUCAGGUGCUUCCUCUCUUCUUCAAAGUACUUCUCUCUUCUUCAAAGUACUUCUCUCUUGAUCAAGAUGCUUCCUCUCUUCUUCAAAGUACUUCCUCUCUUCUUCAAAGUACUUCCUCUCUUGAUCAAGGUGCUUCCUCUCUUCUUCAAAGUACUUCCUCUCUUGAUCAAGGUGCUUCCUCUCUUCUUCAAAGUACUUCCUCUCUUCAUCAAGAUGCUUCCUCUCUUCAUCAAGAUGCUUCCUCUCUUGAUCAAGAUGCUUCCUCUCUUGAUCAAGAUGCUUCCUCUCUCUUCAAAGUACUUCCUCUCUUCAUCAAGAUGCUUCCUCUCUUCUUCAAAGUACUUCCUCUCUUCAUCAAGAUGCUUCCUCUCUUCUUUCAAAAGUACUUUCCUCUCUUCUUCAAAUGUAUUCCUCUCUUGA